CUGCAAGCUUUCAGCUUCGAAUAGGCGAGGAUAAGGAUACGACACCAGUGCUGUUUUGUAGCUGGAUUUAUACGAGUUCUUUCCUCGCGCUCUCCUCGUUAGAGCAAUCCCCAUGGAUUGCGAUGCGUCCAGUGCAAUUCGACAUUGUUUAACUGAGGUUUCACCAGAACAAGAGGGAAUCAUGAAUAUAGAUCUAGAAUUGGGAGUAGCGGAGAUGAUUCGGGACAAAUUUGUGGGAGGUGAUUCAGGUCAGAUUGAAGGAAAUGGACAGGAGGGUGGAGACUCUGGAGCAGAGGAAGCUGAACUUGCAUUGGAGGCUGGUAAUGUGAUCACCGAGCGACGGAUAGGUUGGACGAGGAAAUCAGCUAGGGAAGGCCCGUCCGUGCGGAUUGCUGUAAACGAGGAGAGUGCGAUUACAAGGGCACUGAGCCAAGCAGCUAGGAAUCAAGGAUCUCCAAUUUUCCAACCUCUGGAGGGUACAUUAUUCAGUAGUAGUGAAGAGGCGAGAGAUUUCUUUAAUCUUUAUUCAUGGGAGAUUGGGUUUGGAACCCGUUAUGGUCGUAGCAACAAGAAUAAUAAGGGGUACACAACCAGGCAAGAUAUUGUUUGUUCUUGUGAGGGAUCACCGCGAACCAAGAAUUGUGCGUCUAUCAGGACUAGAUGUAAAGUUAUGAUAAGGCUGCUGAGAACAAGUGAUCAUGGGUGGUACAUUAGUCGAGUUAGCACAAGCCACAACCACAAAUUAUCAGAGGGGUAUGCAGAGAAGAAACAGUGGAAUUCUCACAGCAUGAUUGAUCCGAGCACUAAGUAUUUCAUCAAGAAACUUCGAGACAACAAUGUCAGUAUUGGAAGGGUUUGCAGCAUUAUUGGUGUCACAGAUAGUAGUGCUAUGAAUCCAGUUCGUAAAGAGACCAUCAGGUCACUCUGCGCGAAGGUAGCAAGGGAAAAUAUGGCUGAUGACAUUGGUAAAACUGUCAAACUUUUACGGGAAAUGAAAAUCAUGAAGGACCGGACAGGCGACCAGAGGGGGGGGUGAAUGGGAGCCGAUAAAAAUUCUCCGAGAAAACAAGACCUAUGUCCCGAAUUCAACCCGACACACCUCUCUUCUAACCGCCAAAGUGACACACGCCAACAAGUGACGAGUUCACCCUAGGAACGGCUAGGAAAAGCUCGACGCAAAGCGGAAGCACAGAUUAACUCGAAAGCCAGAAGCACGUCACAAAGCGAAAGCCAACGUAAAAUGAUUUACUCGAGUAAAGCUAUCACCAAAACUUCCCUUGACUAAGCAUGCAAA